AUGAAGUGGCAGACACUCGUCUUCAACUUCCUCAGCUCUACCACCCUCGCGACUCCAGUAUACGUAGAGCCCUCAGCUCCCUCUCCUGUAUACACCCUUCGUAUCUCCGGCGGCGGCCCCGACCUAGACACCCACUAUCUCAGCGCCCCCGGCGAUUCCGUCAUCGGGGUCUUCCCCGACACAGACAACAAUUCCAUCAAGUUCUACACCGUACCCAAUAAAGACACCGGGCUCGUCGAGCUGCACAACUGGGCGGGUAUUUCUUCCCCUGGCUCGCCUAACACCUCAAAGACCAAAGCCAUCGCUUUAGUGGGCAAUGCCCGCACGGGAUUGAUGAACCUGACAAGCGUGGAGGAUCCGGCGGUCAUCUGUGGCGACAGCGAUGGCCUCGACUGCGAGUGGAUGAGCUUUACGCUUGACCAAGGCGCGCCAAUCGAGGGCAAGCCGGCCAAUACUGUGAGUUAUGCGGGGCCGGGCGGGUGGGUGGCGUUUAAGAGUUCGAAGGUGGAAAGGGGUGGGUGGGUUGUUAAGUGGAAGUAUCCCCAGGCUACCACCACUCAGGACUUUGUGCCGGUUGAUCUUGUGUAUGAACCCAUCUUCACCAUUGCGGAUACGGCGGAGUAA